CAUUAUACGAGCACUACAUAGAUAAAAGAAAUCAAAGAUUUAUACUACACGAUAAAUAUAGAUAUAUUAUAACGAAAGAAAUAGUUUCACGUGAACAAUAAAAAUUAGAACAAAAAGGAAAUAACUAGACAGAAUGUUUCAGUCAUCUGAAUAUUGUAAGACUCUGUCAAUUAAAUUAUCUGAGGUAUUAGAAGACAUUGGUGUUAAUGAGGAUAUGGUGACAAAAAAAAGAAGAAUAAUGCUGCUGAGGGAGAGUUUAAAAACGAUUGCAUUUAAAUCAGUUGGUUCGAACGGACCUAUAUAUCAUUUUGGGAGUCAGUCUGAAGGUACUACUACUUUAGGACUUCAUUCAGAUCUUGAUACGGUAUUAGUAAAUUAUCGAUAUAAUGUUAUGCAGGACUGGUCAGAGUGGAAACAAAAUAAGAUCAAUCUUCUUAUAAUACAAGAUGAUAAUGUAACACCAGGAUAUUGUGUUCUACAGCUGCUUCGAUCUGAUGCACCUUUUCCUGAGACAAACAUUCCUAGUAAAAUUUUCAUAAAGAGAUAGCAAUGGUAGAAUAUUAUUAAGAAAUAUAUUCCAAACAACAUUUUUCCGACAAGAAUAUGAGCGACACGGGCCAUCAGCUGUCUCCAGGUGUGACGGAUAUAUUGACAAUGACAGUGUAUUGGCUUUUCCGUGUAAUUCAUGGUCGCAAUCAGCAUCACAAUCCUUAGAAAGACCAGGUGUUAUGAGGUGGUUAUCAUCUGAACGUGUCAGAUAUGCAGCUAGCUGUGAUUGUUUUGUUGUUGGUACCAGUAGCAAGAUUGCUGUUUAUCCAGAAUUAGAGUGGAGAAUAUCUACUUCUCUAGCAGAGAGAUGUUUGAUGUUCAAUCUAAAUAUUACGCAAUUACAAUGCUAUGUUUUAAUGAAAAUUAUUUUGAAAUCCUCUUUAAAUUCCGAAAAAAGGAAUGCUCUGUCAAGUUUUAUGUGUAAAACAAUUUUGUUUUAUUGCAUAGAAAAUACAGAACAAAACACAUGGAAAAGAGACAAUCUUUUAACAUGUUUUACUUACUGCUUGCUUGAACUCCAUAGUCAUGUUCAAAAUAAAAACUGUCCGCAUUUCAUUAUUUCUGAAAACAAUUUAAUGGCUGGAAAAUUUACAGCUGAAGAGAAGCGAGAUGUUUUACAGAAAUUAUGUGACAUAGUACAGAGCGAUGGUAGAUUUUUACUACGAAUAAAUAUUGAUGGUAUUAGCCAGAGACUUCGGAUCAAACUGGGUACAAUUGUUCAUAUUGCAUAUAGAUUUCAAACCUCACUUGAGAUAUAUGUAGAUGUUUUGACUCAACAUUUUUUAAGCUUAAUGAAAGGGAUUAGCGGAGACCAAAUAGUGUUUGUCGCGUUUUUGUCAAAAAAAUUUUUUAAUGAUCACAUAUGUAAUCUUAAACAAAUUAUCUUAAAGCUAAAAAACUACAGUGUACGCGGAAAUAGGAUGGAACAGCUCGCAAGUCAUUGUCUGGCACCAUUUAUAUAUUCGACACUCGGCCUUAUAAUGGCGUCAUCAAGCAUUGGACAGAAUAAUCCAGUUCAAUAUGAAGCACUUAAGUGGCUUUCAUUGGGUUUGAACUCAGAUGUCACAUCUGGCAGACUUAAACUAGCUUCAAUGUUUUAUUGUGUAGGUGAUAUGGAUAGAGCAGAGUUCGUUCUUAGACAAACUGAAAGUCGAUAUAACUCUACUGUUGUUGAACCUGUAUGUGGAUGCUGGUUUCAUCCAUUCAUAAGUCCGUCUCCUGAAGUCAAGAGAAAAUGCAGUGAACUAAGUGAAAUUUGCAUCAAAAGUAUCACAUCAUGUUGUGUAAGAUUCCUGCAGACAGAAGUAAAUUGUGUGCCUCGAGAAUUACAACAUGAAAUGGUAAGAUCUACACCAGAUGAUAUGCCACACAGAAAUCAAGAUGAAAGGCUAUGGAUGGACUAUGCAGUUGUCGAUUCCCUACCUUAUCUUUACUUUUUACAGUACAAAACAUACAGUCAUCUACAAAGACAUCAGUAUCAAGAACGGGCACUUAGUAACCUUGGGAAGGUUAUCUUUACAGGAAAAAACUUUGGCCACAGGGAGACAGCUUUAAAUCUUCUCGGUCAAUGUAUGGAACAAGAGAACAAACCAAGGAAAGCGUUACAGUGUUAUAUGUUUUCCCUUCAUCAAAGAAAUCGAAACAAUGCGGCAAAAUUUCAUAUUUGUAAUUUACUUAGAAAGUAUGCUUCAAACAGGUAGAGGUUCAAAGUUCCCUCAACGGGUAAAAUAACAAUGUUUGAGUUCAACGUUAGAAUGUUUGUUAAAUUGUGUAAUUUACCAAAAUGUUGUCUCUUGUUAGUUUGACACAAACUUUCAGUAAAUUUGCAUUUAUACCUUUAUAUUCUUGAAUGCCGUUUUAACAAAUAAACCAAAGUUGUAUUGUGAUCAUAACAUAAAAAUAAACAUCAUAUUUAUUAAGUUCAUGUAAUUAUGAUAUAAUGUAUCCAAGGAUUAAAUCAUUGAUGAAAAUACAAUUUUUUAACAA